GAGAGAGAGAGAGAGAGAGUGCCACUGGAUAUAAUUGAUUGUCUCGCUAUCAACAAUAACUUGUUAGUAUAGUCAAUUCCGGCUGCUUUUUGAAGCUGGCUGUUUGUGCUGAGGCUUCAGAGGCUCUCGGAUUGUUGAGCUCGUCGAGCUUGGUCCCAUUCCCCAGGAGCUGUGGCCAGGAGAACUGCCACUUUAAAAGGACUUGAAGUUCUCCAACCCUGCGGCAAAACCAACUACACCAUGUUGGCGGGCAUGUAAUUGCACAUGGUUUUAGACCGCGUCUUUAAAUUCGUUUUUUUUUUUCAUUUUGUCGGUGCAGAAAAACAAUAUUUGUGUAACUGCUGUACAUACUGUACAUUUCAUACAUUUUAAUCAUUGAAAUAUUUGCGACACAACCUGAAACACGAAAAAAAGGAUGACCUCCAAAGAAGACGCAAAAGGCGCAUCGGUGGAGGAGAGAAGGCGCAGUCCGCUGGACCACCUGCCUCCUCCAGCAAACUCCAACAAGCCUCUGACGCCCUUCAGUAUUGAGGACAUAUUAAACAAACCCUCCGUGAAACGAAGUUACUCGCUCUGCAGCACGGCGCAUCUCCUCUCGGCCGGUGAAAAGCUCCCAUCGGCGGCUCACCCGUUAAGCAGCCGGGCUCUGCUCACACACACCUCUCCUCUGUGCGCUCUGGAGGAGCUGGCCAGCAAAACCUUCAAAGGGCUUGAAGUCAGUGUUCUGCAGGCCGCUGAAGGAAGAGACGGCAUGACACUGUUUGGUCAGAGGAAUACUCCCAAGAAACGGAGAAAGUCGAGGACAGCCUUCACCAAUCAUCAAAUCUACGAGUUGGAGAAACGGUUUCUUUAUCAGAAAUAUUUGUCGCCAGCGGACCGGGAUCAGAUCGCCCAGCAACUGGGUUUAACCAACGCACAGGUCAUCACCUGGUUUCAGAACCGACGAGCCAAGCUCAAACGCGACCUGGAGGAGAUGAAAGCAGACGUAGAGUCGGCCAAAGCCGUAGGCACGGUGUCCUUCGAAAAGAUGGCCAAAUUAGCGGACCUAGAAAAGUGCGCAAACGGCACUGCAACGCCUCCGAUGAGCGAAUCGGCGGGACUAUGCGGGAGGGAGCGGGACAGCCAGCGGCCUGGGUCUCCACCAUCACCGCUCACAGACCACACCACCAGCAAAGACAGCUCCGAGGACGAAGAGGAAGAAAUCGACGUUGAUGACUGAUGCUCAGAAUACACCGUUUACGAAACCUUUUUUCCUUAAAACACUUAGAGUUUAAAAGUGCCAUUAAUGCACCAAAUGUAUUUAAAAAGACUCACGACAAAUGAAAACUCAAAAGCUCAAAAGCAUGGACAGUUUUCCCAGAUGUAUUUAUGCAAUGGCAGUUAUCUGAACAUCGCAAUCAUGUAGCUUAUUUAUUUCAAACAAACUGUUAGUUGAAGGAAAGCAAUAAG